AUGGACGAGGUGUCUGUUCAGCGCUUCGGUUAUCCUUUGGCGGAACGGCGACGUACGGGCCACAGUGUGGCGUGCGCCAACACCGUCAUGAUCCCCGUGAAACUGACCGAGAACGACGCCAGUGAGGUGUGGUGUUUGGGAUUCAUCGAGGAUAUGAGGGGCGACGAGAUGUACAUCAGCUUCCACUGCACUAAACUGCCGCCGCGAUGGCUCCCGUCCAGCAAAGUGUUCCCUCACGUCAUCUGUUUGUAUUACCCGAACGACAAGCAGGUGCUGGUGGCACUGCGGGCCAGCGCGACCGAUCCGCUGGUAUUCGAAGCGGCGUCCCUGUUGUUGGCGUGUCCCGGAACGCCACAAUACCACCGCGACGGACGGGUGUGCUACGUGGAGACCAUCGCGGGCGGCUGCCGGCACCUCGUACACGAGCUGCAGAUCGCUGAACAGCGGCCGCAACGUCCCUUGUCGGAGGCGUCCGGACGGGAGGGACGGUAUGUCAAGCACUGCCUGCCCCUGCCCGCGGGGCUAGCCGACGAGGCUGUAACCCGGGGCGGUGGCGAUGGUGGCCUCAGCAUGGAUGAGAACCGCGUAUACUACGAACUGCAACGCUCCCGCCACGAUCGUCAAUUUGGAAAUUAUGAAAUUACUAUGGCCAGCGGCUACGGGAACCGAUUCUUCUUUCAUGGGCAGAGCAACGCCGCAGUGAGGAUUAUCUGCUGGGAACAGGGCGAAUGUUUCUGGACUCCAGAGCUGCUAACCCGCGCCCUCCACCGAUGUGUGGAGAGCGGAGCGCUGGCAGUGGCAGUGAAUCCUCUGAUACAACAACCACAAUGUUCAAACGACCCGGACACGGUAGCCACGAUAUCUCGCUUGCCCUUGGAAAUAAUCGCGCAAGUCGUUGAGCUGACGGAUGUCGUCACCCAGGCCAAGCUGAAAAGGGUCAGUCCCGUGUGGAACGCGGUGUUGGUCGGCUCCACAUACGAUCGGCUGCUAAUCGACUUCAGUCUGCGCGUGGACAGCGUGGACUGCAGCAGCGACAUGUGGCGGCUGGGCCAGCUGCUGUACCACACCCUAAACGCCGGUGUCCGCACGCUGGUCCUGACGCAGUGGACGCCGGGUCUGCGCGUGCACGGCCACGAGUGGAGCAGCCUGAAGAACGAUGUGACGGUGGUGUGCGGUCUGCUGCGCGUCACUGCCACCGCCCCCCUCCGCCGCAUCAUCCUGCACCGCUGCGUCGUCGACGUGGAACUGGGCUCGCCGGAGCAUUCGCGCCGCGAACUGCGCUCCCUGUCCAAGCUGAUGGAGGUCUGCCGACAGCUUCUCCUCGUCGACUACACCAUGAACAACACUCUGCAGGCCCUGUCCAACGUGCCGUCCACCUGCACCCAUCGCUGCCGCUGUCGGCGGCGCCACCCGCGGCCACCGCUCUCCGUCGCCGUGACCUUUCUGCGCUUCGACGACGGGCAGUCCGCCACUGCCCAGUACGACGCCCUGUUAGCGGCCAUCGUGCAGCGGCUACCGGCCCCGUCGCCGGACCUCCUCCGCGCGGUGACCGCGCUGUGCUCCUACUGGAGCACGGCGGAGCCGGGAACAGAUUCCGGAACGAAUUCCGGCUUUCUUCGUCGACUACUACAUCUGUCGGAACCGCUGGAUCCAGCCCAUCCCAACGUUUCGCCGUGGGCGCAUGUCGGGUUCGUCCCGACGCCGGUUUCGGAGUUCAACCGAUUGACCCUCGUGGCGCUGUCGGCAUUGUGGUGCAUAGAUAGCGACUCGUGAGGCGCUGCACAUGCCCAC